AUGAACGCCUAUAACCUCCUCUGCGGACAGGUGUCUCCAGCUCAUUAUGAAGAGAGUCUCAGAGGAAGGUUCGCUGGUGGUCAUCUUUCAAGGAUGAAACAAGGGUACAUGAAGCUUCCUGUUGACUUUCAAGGGUGGCUAGCAUCAGUCCCACAAUCUGUUCAAAAGAUAAUCCGUAUUGAUGAUGAUGAUGAUGAGGAGGAGGAGGAGGAGGAGGAGGAAAAGAGUGAAGGAGCUGGACAUCCCAUGAUCGGCAAUUAUGUGGACCCCAAACAACGGCAUACACAUCAACAUCAAUGCAUUCACAUUUUUAGAAAUCUCGAGUCCCCUUUAAGCAGGGACAGCCCGGAAAAAAAGGUCUCUAAUCUAACGGACGAAAAAGAUAAUCCCAAAUCACCAACUCCUGAUUAA